AUGAGUGUCACCUCCCGCUUCGCAGCAUCUCAGGACGGGGGCCAGCCCGACAGGUCCUUCCAGCCCCCCCCCCCCCCCAGUCCCACCCCGAGCUACCAAGGAACAAACUCCUCGGAUCUCCCUAAAGGAGGCGCCUUUGAUCGGAGCGAGACGAGCCCCGCCGGGCACCGGCACCCCCGGGAACCGGCACCGGCACCACCGGGCACAGACACCCCCGGCACCGGCACCCCCGGCACCCCCGGCACCGGCACCCCCGGCACCCCCGGGCACCGGCACCCCCGGGUACCAGCACCGGCAUCCUCGGGAACCGGCACCGGCACCCCCGGGCACAGACACCCCCCGGCACCGGCACCCCCGGCACCCCCGGCACCGGCACCUCCGGGCACCCGCAUCCUCGGGAACCGGUACCCCCGGGCACAGACACCCCCGGGCGCCGGCAUCUCGGCACCCUCCGACACCGGCACCCCCGGCACCUCGGCAUCCCGAACACUGGUACCCCCGGGCACCGGCACCUCCCGGCACCGGCACCUCCGGACACCAGCACCGGCACCAGCACCCCCGGGUACAGGCAUCUCCGGGAACCGGCACCGGCGUCUCGACAGCCCGGGACACCAUCAGCCCGCGGGUUCGUCCCGAAGCAUCCGACACCGGGACCGAGACAUCACCGGGCACCGCACCGCGGCCAGCACCGGGACACCGGGCAGCGGCGACCCGGGACACCGGGACCAGGACAUCCCCGGCCACCGGGACCAGGACACCCCCGGCCACCGGGACCAGGACACCCUCUGCCACCGGGACCGAAGUCCCCGGGCACCGAUUGCAGAGCUGAGAUGCUUCCCGGGGCGGGUCCCCUCGCCUUCCUCCUCCGGUGCCUGCUACUCCUCUUCACCUCCGAGAGCCGAGCCCGGGCUCGCUGGCCUCAUCCUGCCAAAGGGCUGGUGUGUAACCAAGGGCUUGGAAAUGGAGCAGGUUGCUUCUCUUGGUUGAUUUCCAGGUCUGGAUACGUUUUGUGACUUCAAUGGCAAGAAGUACAGCCCAGGAGAGAGCUGGCACCCCUACCUGGAGCCCCAGGGGCUGAUGUACUGCAUCCGCUGCAGCUGCUCCGAGAACGGCAACACCAGGUGCUACAGGAUCCAGUGCCCGGCCCUGCAGUGUCCCAGCCCUGUCACAGACCCCCAGCAGUGCUGCCCACGCUGCCUGGAGCCACAUUCCCCUUCUGGCCUCAGGGCACCUGUCAAGUCCUGCCAGUACAACGGGACCACCUACCAGCAAGGGGAGAUGUUCACCACCAGUGAGCUCUUCCCCAGCCGCCAGCCCAACCAGUGUGUCCAGUGCAGCUGCUCCGAAGGCCAGAUCUACUGUGGCUUGGUGACCUGCCCAGAGCUGUUGUGCUCCUCUCCCCUAACAGUGCCAGAUUCCUGCUGCCAGGUCUGCAAAGAUGGCUCGUUCGAGAAGUCCACGGAAGAGGAGCCCCUGCAGUUAAACAGAGGUGUUAGGCACUCGCAAGACCAGUGCUUGGGGGAAGCCAUGGGCAGGAAGCCACCUGGAGCCACCACGUCCACUGUUCUCAGUUCUUCCCUGGAGUUCAUUCCCAGGAGCUUCAAACCCAAGGGAGGAGGUGGCACCACUGUGAAGAUUGUCUUGAAAGAGAAGCACAAGAAAGCUUGUGUUUACAACGGGAAGACCUAUUCCCACGGGGAGGUCUGGCAUCCCGUCUUCCGGCUCUACGGCCUCCUGCCCUGCAUCCUCUGCACCUGCAGGGAUGGUGUCCAGGACUGCCAGAAGAUCACCUGCCCCAAGGAGUACCCGUGUGACUACCCGGAGAAAGUAGAUGGGAAAUGCUGUAAAAUAUGUCCAGAAACCAGGGUCAAACCUACUGAUGAAGCAGUCACCAGGAGGUGUGGGAAGAGCCCCAGCCCUGUCCUGGUGUACGUGUUGGUGCCGCCGAGCGCGGGGAGCCCCAGGGAGGUUCUGAGGACGAUCGCGAUCGAGAAGGAGGCGGCAGAAGAGGUGGAGAUCUACAACUGGAAGCUGAUGAAAGGGAUAUUUCAUCUGAUGCAGACCAAGAAGAUCAGCAAACAGGAAUUCAAGCAAGAAGCUCAGAACUUCAGGCUCAUCACCAGGACAAACGAAGGGCACUGGAACAUCUUCCGAGCCCAGACGUCAGAGCUGAGGAUGACAGAGAGCCCAGAGAAGGAAACCAAGAACUUGUAAAGGAAAAAAAACCAACCAGAACCCCCCCCAAAAAAAACUUUAACCUAGCUAUUGAUUUAUCUACCCCCACCCACAUCCACACCUACACACACACAUCUAUAUAUAUAUGAGAAAGGUAAAUUGCAUUAUUAAAUAGACUGGCACAGCAACAAAGGAGACACUAGAGCAAAGCACAGGAGCUCCAGCAAGCACAGCAAGUGGAGCAGCAGGGAAGCCACGGCCAUGGAGGUGCCUCCUUCCAGGGGGAGAGGGCAAGAGGUCGGGCAGCACCUCCUGCUGCUGGAGAUGCUGG